UCACAUGUUUAUAUGUAUGUUGGUAAGCCUUUAUUUGCGUUGUCCUCACUCGUUGUAAUAGUUUAAAAGUAAAUGUCGUUAAUGACCUUAGUUGGUAUUGUGUAAGGGUUUCUUAUGCCUAUAGUAACUUAUGUUACUUACUUUCUUUUCGUUUGUUGUAACUCAGUUUAAUUAAUGUAGUUUCAGCUAUUAAUAAAAUAAAAAAAAAUAAAAAAAAAAUAAUCUAAAAAACUUACAAAGAAUUGAUACAAGUUUUGGUGUGUGAAAAUAAUAUAUGAGAAAUGGAAGAAUCAAGGAAAACUAAUACUUUUAAAACAGGUUUAUUAGAUGAUCAUAUAAAGACCCACCUCAUUGAUUUAUUAGAUGGAUUUAACCCAUAUUAUAACUGUGGCGGGUCAUGGCUUUUAAAAGGCCUCCAUUCCUACCUCUCUGAGUUAUUUCAUUGAAGCGCACUCAACGUUCUCCAUUGAAGCGUUCUCCGUUGAAUCUAAUUCUUGUAUCCCCCAUUGAAGCAGCCUCUAAGCAGGGAGCAUAACGUAUUGAAAAUGUUACAAAGUCUUCCACACCAGGCUGUACCAUCGCCGGCUAGGCUUGGCCUGUCGAACCCGAAUUCACCGGCUCUUCAGAGUCCCGGUGCAACCAAGUCCUCUUCGCAACCCACCCAGUCUAACCAAUCCCAUCAGCAGGUUGCAUUACCAACUCCAAAAACUACCUCAUCCACUCUUCUGUCUCUUCUUCCUCCUCUUCAAAGGGCCCAAGCACUUCUGGUGCAAAUGGCAGCCUUAGCUGCCAAGCUCUUUGAGGUAUCACCUAACCGUUCUGUUUGGGUUAACUCCUUUCGUAGCUCUCUUCCAACUUUUCUCCCUUCUCAAACCCAUUCUACAAGCACUCCCCCACUCGACUCUCCUACAUCUACUACCAAAGAAAUUAUUGCCCUUUUCGCAUCACUUCAAACUCAGUUAUUUGAAGCUGUUGCAGAGCUACAAGAAAUCCUUGAUCUUCAAGAUGCUAAACAAAAGUUAAACCAGGAAAUCGAGGCCAAAGAUUCUGCAAUUCUUUCAUUUGCUAAGAAGCUUAAAGAAGCAGAGCGAGUUCUUGACAUUCUGGUUGAUGAUUAUGCUGAUUAUCGCCGUCCAAAAAGAUUAAAAUCAGAAGACUCAGAUAGUUCUUCCAGCAAUACUACUGUUGCUUCUCAGUUAAAGUUGUCAGAUGUCAUAUCAUAUGCUCACAAAAUCAGCUAUACGACCUUUGCACCACCUGAGUUUGGUGCAGGGGGGGCACUUCGUGGGGCUCUCCCACCGGCCCCGCAGGAGGACCAAAUGCGAGCCUCACAGCUGUAUGCCUUUGUUGAUCUCGAUGUAGGGUUACCUAAAACAGUGGAGGACGAGAAAAAGAUCGAACCCCUCAUCGAGGCCCCUGCUUUACCACCUCCUGACCCCAUGGCUGCAAUUAAGGGCCUCAUGCCUCCAAAUAUUACAGUUCCAGCCGGCUGGAAACCUGGUAUGCCUGUGGAACUUCCUAUAGAUAUACCAUUACCUCCAGCUGGAUGGAAGCCUGGAGAUCCGAUCAAUUUGCCCCCAUUGGAAUCUCUUCCUAUGGCUGCUAGAGCUGGUGAGCUGCCACCACAGCCUGCUGCUCCACCUGUGUUUCCGAGGGCACCUGAACCAAUACAAGUGCCGCAUAUUCGGAUUGAUAUUUUGGAUCAAGAUGAUGAUAGUGAUGAGUAUACCAGUGAUGAGGGAAGCUCAGAUGAUGAAGAUUAAGAAGGUAGUGGGAAUAUAUAUUGCUGUGUUUGGCACUUUAAAGGCGUGGGAAUAGAUGGUUGAUUGAUAUUUGGUAAUUGGAUUGAGGAGGCACGUAUUCCUAUCAUUUCAGGAACUGUAGAGUACAGGGCUAGUAUGGUAAGUGAGGCUGAGGUGGUUUCCGGAUUUUUUAGGUUUUGAAGGAACUUCAAAGCCAACUGAGGAGAGGUUCACUAAGACUGAGGCAGCCUAGUCCACUUCCUGGUUGUGUCAAAUUAGUCCGUGCUGCUGCCUACUAGUUGCCAGUGUCCAAGUGGUUGGGGUGACAUGGAUUCUUGCAAUGCUUGUUCGUUUUUAUGUACACUAGUUGAUUCAUUAGGAGAUAAAUUUGCAUCAGUUUCUUAGAUUUAUUAGAUUGUAUUUAGAUAAUAGUGUUUUGCUAUAAAUGGGAAACAUCAUUUGUUUUUUAAAAAAUGUUAGUUUCCUAUUUUGUGUAACUCGAUGUAGUGUGUUUAGAGUAUUAUUGUUUACUUGGAGGAGUAAAAUUCUAGCCCCCAUAUGAAUAGUGCUUAGUGUCAUUAAUUGUAUAACACAACUUUAGGGAGAGUUUACAAACACUCUUAGGAUACAAGAUGUCCGGAGGUGUUGCAAGUAUUUUUUUUUUUUAUUUUUUUUUCGGGUGGGAUCAUUGUAAGAAUGUAUGUACUGUGGUGUUGAAUUAAUCUCUUUGAAAUUCUUUCAAAAUCCUAAAGAUAUGAUGAAGAUGUAGAGCUGAA